AUGAGCCCCGCCGCCACUCAUACCCUCGCUCUACUAUCGUCUACGCCGACUAUCAACGCGUCAUAUGUCACUGGCAUGCUGGCCUUGCCUGAAACUGCGUUCUCAGUCGUACUUCAUGACGGCUUACGAUACCAUGGCGUAGCGAAAUCCGCACGCUUACGUGAGCCCAGGGUACGAUUUGAAAUCGAGAUGUUGAAGGAAGUAGCGAAGCCCGCCGCUGUCAAACGCGGUGGCAAACGCGUGGUCGACGAAUCUUUCAGAAAGUCUCUGACGAUCAGCGCCGAGUCCCUGCUCACCCCCCUCGUCCCGGAAAAGACGAUGUUGAUGGAGAUCAUCCGCCGCUACUUCUUGAAAGCGGAGGAGCUAGGUUGCGAGUUCAAUAUAGAACUUCAUGAGCUUGAGAUCUAUGAGAAAGGAUCUUUCUUCAAGUCACAUCGCCGCGCAGUCCAUGGCGAUAACAUCUUCGGCUCUCUCAUUUUGACGUACCCUGCGGCUCACUCUGGUGGCGCUUUAGCCUUGUACCCUUCUGAGGGUGACAAGUACAUCUUCGACACUGGAGCGAAGAUGUCGUCUUGUCCUCCCUACAUGGCUUAUGCAAUGUUUCGUGGAGAUGUUAACCAUGAGGUUCUGCCUGUCACAUCCGGACAUCGCAUCACGCUGCUGUACGACCUGUCCUGGGUCCCUGAUCGCACAGUGCCUAUCCCCACUUCAUCGCUCGAGCAGAUGAACGAGUGGACGUCUAGAAUCCAAUCCCUUCUGGAUGACGAAACGGUCCUUCCAGACGGUGGUCUGUUUUGCUUUGGGAUAGAGCACUCGUACCCUGUGCCGAGUGAGGACAAACUCAAAUUGGACACCUGGAAGCCGUACUCUCUACAGCAGUACUUCCGCGGCACGGACCGUCUGCUUCUCUCUGCGUUGGAUCAACUUGGGCUGGAUCCUGAGGUCCAACUGUCGUAUGAGCUGUUGGGCUUUCAUGUUGAUGGAGACCGCAAAGCCGAAUAUGCGACUCGUGGGCUCGCCAAUCGCCCCCUCGACAUGACUGAGCUGUGGCGCAGUUAUGAGAAGAUGGACGUGGAUGACUUGGUUGCAGAGCAGGGCACUAUCGCGCGCCGGCAUCUUGACGUCUCGCAGGUUGUCUGGAUCACGCCUGUAACCUCCGCGACUCAGUUGAGGCAGUCGGACGCGGUCAGCGAUGACGGGAAAUACUGUUUCGUGGAGCAUGUCUUCGCAAACUUUUGUGUGGUCGCUCCGGUCAAACCCUAUGGCGAACGUCGCAGCAAGCUCCUUAAGCGGAAGAGUGUGGCGCAGGGGAACGACACGGAGGCUACCACAUCAUCGACCACGAGGGAGCUUCGCUCGAAGAAGAAGAAAAGGGGUUGA